CUAAGAUCCUGUCAGUGUCAAUCUGUUUCCCACUAAAUCUAAACAUAUUUUUUUACAUUUGGAAAUCUUUAUUUUUAGAUGCAUAAAUUAAAUAAAAAAUAGUGGCUUGUCUAGAAUAAGUUGAAAUUCAUUAUGAAGAAAUCAAAGUAUACAAUUUGUGAUCAAGAAAAAGAACAUGAAAUCAAAAAAAUUCUAUAUGAGAUUGCACAUGAUUUGAAAACGCAUUUCCAUUACGAAAAAUCUGAGUUAACGUAUCAAAGACAUGAAGCCAAAUUGCUUUUAGAACUCGCUGAACGAUAUAAGAUUUUGCAUAAUGCUGCUCCCGGUGUUCAUUUGUAUCCAGAUUCAGCGACUAAUCGCAUGACAUAUGAACUGGAGAAUAAGUGGUAUGCACAUGUGGUCAAUAUCCGUCGAUCAAACAAAAAAAUUUCUGAAUCACUGGAGUAUGUCCAGCCUCUUUACAAACUUCUAGACGAAAAGGUCCGAAAGCUUGAUUGGCUUACAAGCAGUGAAACAAUCACCGGAGAUUAUAACGUAAAACCGCUUCAAGAGUACCUCUGCACAGUCAGCGACUUAAAACGAGAUUUUCAAAGAAGAGUAAUUGAUCGACAGGUGGUUCAGGAUAUGUUCAAUAUCCUGUUUGGAAUAACCGUGGAAGUAUAUGUAGAUCUUCUCGAACAUCAGGAAGAAUUUAGUGACAUUUUUGCCAAAGCGGUAUUUUUCUCUGAGAUAAUGAAUGUAUAGAUGUGUCGUCGAUUGCAUGUAU